GUCAUUCUUCCGGAGGUUGUCCUCAAUCGGCUCCCUCCCAUCUUCUUAUCGAUUGACCAUCCAUAAUGGCACCGUCCGUUCUUCCUGUUGCCUUGCAAAACAAGCUGCUUGGCUACAGCAGGGCUUCCAACUCGCACUUGGCCGCUCUGCAACUGGAUGUUAUCCGGAAUAUUGUUUUCAUUCUAUUCAUUCUUCGCUACGUUCGCAAGGCAUAUCGGUCGCUGCGCGGCUACGGUCUUUUCGGCAGCAUUCGCAAUGUCUACUCCACUAUUCGGCUCUACUGCUAUUCGGUCUUUUUGCGAUUCCCCGGCGUCAAAGGCCAGGUUGACAAGCAAGUAUCCACGGCGAUCGAAGGCUUAGAAUCGAAGCUCGUCGCAAGCGGCCCCGGCGUCACUAGGUAUUUGACCCUUCCCAAGGAAGGAUGGUCAGCCGAACAGAUUCGCGCGGAGUUGAACAACCUGGCGAACAUGGAACAUACACGCUGGGAAGAUGGCCGAGUCAGCGGUGCUGUAUACCACGGCGGUCAGGAUCUCCUGAAGCUUCAAGCUGAAGCUUUCGGCCAGUUUGGAGUAGCGAAUCCCAUUCAUCCUGAUGUGUUCCCUGGUGUUCGGAAGAUGGAAGCUGAGGUUGUGGCUAUGGUCCUCGAGUUGUUUAAUGCUCCCUCCGAUGGCGCAGGUGUCACGACCAGUGGCGGAACAGAGUCCAUCAUUAUGGCUUGUCUGGCGGCACGGCAAAAGGCAUAUACCGAACGGGGCGUCACAGAGCCUGAGAUGAUCAUUCCUGACACUGCCCACGCUGCCUUCAUCAAGGCCUGCAACUACUUUAAGAUCAAGCUCCACCGAGUUCCUUGCCCAGCACCUGACUAUAAGGUUCAUAUUCCGUCUGUCCGUCGGUUGAUUAACUCGAACACCGUUCUCCUUGUUGGUUCUGCGCCUAAUUUCCCUCACGGUAUCGUUGACGACAUUCCCGCUCUGUCUCGACUGGCCACCUCGUAUAAAAUCCCCCUCCAUGUCGAUUGCUGCCUGGGCUCCUUUGUUGUUGCGUUCCUCAAGAAAGCGGGCUUUGCCUCUCCGUAUGAGGAAGAGGGCGGCUUUGAUUUCCGUCUCCCCGGCGUGACCAGUAUUAGCGUGGAUACUCACAAGUAUGGCUUCGCACCCAAGGGUAACUCUGUGCUUCUGUAUCGCAACAAGGUAUACCGCAGCUACCAGUACUUUAUAUACCCUGACUGGUCUGGUGGCGUCUACGCAUCGCCGUCUGUCGCAGGCUCGCGCCCUGGUGCGCUGAUCGCAGGCUGUUGGGCUAGUCUGAUGAACGUGGGCGAAUCUGGCUACAUCAAGAGCUGCCACGAGAUUGUCAGCGCAGCGAAGAAGUUCGAGUCGUCGAUCAAGGAGCACUCAAUUCUGUCGAGGAAUCUCGAGAUUGUUGGAAAGCCCAUGGUCAGCGUUAUUGCUUUCGAAAGCAAGAAUGAUGCCGUUGAUAUCUAUGACGUUGCUGAUGAUCUGUCCGCAAAGGGCUGGCACUUGAAUGCUCUUCAGACGCCGCCUGCUAUCCACGUGGCUUUCACCGUCCCCACAGCGUCAGCAGUGGAUGCGCUUACCAGCGACCUGGUCGAGGUUGUUGAAAAGGAACUGGAGAAGGCCGAGGAGAGGAAGCGCCAGGGCAAGUCGUACAUUGUCAAACGUGGGGACACCGCAGCCCUAUAUGGUGUGGCUGGUAGCAUGCCGGAUAAGAGCAUCGUCAGCCGCCUGGCAGAAGGAUUCCUCGACACCUUGUACAAAGCAUAGAUGGGUUUCCCGGCCUAAGAAGCUUGGCAUUGUCUAUACACCCCCGAAAAGUGAGAAGUGUCCGCACACGGCCCCUUGUGAUCAGGGCCUUUUCUUUUUGCAAAUAGUUGAAUUGUGGUUUUCUGGUGUUUUGAGCGGCGUUUGCAUAUUUCCUAUCCUUCCAGCAACAGAGCAUUAUUGUUAUCAUUAGAAGGCCAAACAUUCUUUGGUAUCA